AAGUAUAAGUAUUGAUUAAUAGAAUGUUUUUUAAAAGUUUAAUACGUACAAGUAUUUUCAAGUUAUACACAUGACUUAUGAUCAGAUUUAUAACCAAUCGGCAUUUGAACCGAAACACACAGAAAACCUCAACAUUGAAAAAUUGUUGAACGAUUUCAAUUUGAACUCGAACAGGGAAUUACAAGUGUAGGUAAUUAAACAUUGAUCUUAAUAAAAUUAAUGAUUAUUACACCUCUAACCUAUUUGUUCAUAAUAUACCUCUACCAUGGUAGAUAUGAAAAAAAAAAAUAUCUAGGUAUAGUUGAUAUUGCAUCUAAAACUUCUAACAUUGUGGUCUAGCCACGGACAGUAUUAUAGGACGUGCGGAGACCGCAACAUGAUGCGCGUGCUACGACAGAUGCUGUACCAUUUUAACGGGCACGUGUCGCGGAACGGUGCAGUCGUAUUCAAUUGGCGCGGUGAUUUUCAACGGGGACGCACAAAGUUAAUUUUUACUAAGAAAAAAACGAUCGAAACAUUUUGUUCGAAACAGUAGGCAAAGAAGACCGUUUUCUCAUUAAAUUUUCAUCGGAAACACUUCUAUGAACGUUUAACCAUCUGUUUUUUUUUUUUCUAUUAUUUUUACAAAAUCAAUCGUCCAUGGGUGCAAACCGGCAACGGUUUGUCAAUCGCAACAAAUCUACGCUCGCCUGAUACAACCCGGACCAACCGCAGCCGUAGUGCAUACUCGUAUCGUGCGUAUGUCAUGAGACGCGCAAAUCGCCACCGUCGCGAUCCCAUCGAAACGCGCGUGCUGUGGUAUGCGUCCAAAGAGUCGGAAAAAAAAUUCUACACACGCGCGCGCGCACACACAUACGAAUUUACUGACGCGCACACGCGUCCACGCAAGAACGCGCGCGUGAACGGGACCGUGUUAUUUAUAGACGCGUUGCGACUGACUGAUAUGCGCGCGAGCGUUUUUUCCUCUCUCAUUAUUUCCACUAUUAUUCGUUUUGUUAUUAUUACAUGCAUACAGAGUGAUUUAUUUGCAUUAGCCGUUUGCUCGGUUCUCGAGCGUACCCGUCGGGUUUCGCACCACCCGAGGUGUUUUGGGAAAAAAUAAUUCCUACGCGAUCGCCGUGACAUUUUUCGCGUACGCGACGGCUGGUUUUUCUUACCGUUUAUUUAUUUUUUUUUCCUCCGAACCGUACACUUGCGUUUCCCGAGUCAGAUCUCUCUGUUCGAUCGACGUGUGUACGAUUGCAGUGGUAAAAUCGCACGCGAAAUGAUUUACCGCGAAACCUUGUCGACGUGCACUACCGAACGGGUAGAAUACGAAAUCACGUAGUUACACAGGGCAGGGCCCCCUAUUAUCUUCACACGCAAAUUCAAAAUUCACGCAUCAUAUUGCUUUUGUAAAUGUGAAUACCUAUCGUGAAACGACAAAUGAAAACAAUUCUCAAAUGAUAUACCGAGUAAAAAGAAAAUCCAGUUAAUUUUUCUGCAAAAUAAACGUGUUAUAAGUUACGUGAAUCAUUGAUACAUUUAAAUUCCGAUUGUCACUGCAAUCACCACGUAGGAUUCGGGAGUUUACUGUUGAACGCGUCAACACUGUCGAUUGUUUCAAUGAAUAAAAGUGUCCGAAACGUCCAAGGCCGUCCGGGGCACUGGUUAGCCUGGCCCUAUGAUGGCUACGACACCGCGUACGUGCCACUGUCGGUCGUGCAGGUCCGGCGGAGAACGUCGGUCGAAGUCGGGCGACGAGCACACGUGCACGUAGAAAUCGUCGUUUUUUCGAAAACGAUUGGUGUUUUCCAAGCGCCGGUUUGAAAACUAAUAAAAUACGCGCAUCCUGUAUAGCCGUGUACUGCACGUAUAAUUAUACGUACGACGACGGCGGCAGCUGGAUCAGUCCUCGUCGCGCGCUCGCCGUCCGACGGCCAACGACCGCUGGUGGGCCCGCGCGGUUAUCCGAUCCCUGUACGGUCGCGCGUCCUCCGUCCGAUCCUUUACCCACCGCCACCAACUCCAAACGGGCUCGUCGACGUCGUAACGGGUCCCGUGCGCGAUCCUGCUGACCGGCCGGCAGUGCUAUCGGUCGCGCGUCCAGCGUCGUUCCGCCGGGGCCCGCGGGCACACGGUCCGCGGCAGCCAAUAAACACCCGAAGUGUACCGCGACCGGCAAACUGCGGCGUUGAACGUUGCUGCAGAAUCUGUUUUUACAUAUAAUAAAUUCGUUCGUUUAUUUCGGAUUCGGGCGAUCCGGCCGGCGGACAUCGUCGUCAUGGACAUCGCCGCCGCCGACGGACAGCCGCACGGCAACAACGGCGGCAACAGCUAUUGCCGGAGGUACAAGCGCGGCAACCCGAGUCCGAAGACCAAAAAGCAGUUGGAGAACGAACUGAAUCGCCAGAGGAGCUUCUUCGUCGGCGGUCCCGCUCCGGGUCACGCGACACAGCACAUGCAGGGAGGCCAUUUGAAUAGAAGUAAUAGCGGUGUUAUGGGACAAAAGAAACAUCCCACACUUGCUAUUUAUCGUCCACCGAGUGUUCGAGGUGACAUAAAUAAUAACAGUGAUAAUGUAUAUAUAGCCAACGGAGUCCAGAAAUCCAAGAACAUCAAAGUCGCUUCAGACGCAUCGGAAGGCUGUACUAAUCUCAACGUGCAUGCCAAAGAGUUCUCCUUAGAACGAUCGAAAACUGCUCCUCAGUCCAUCAUGAAUGGUGCAAAACCGGAGAGCACUCAUCACGGUGGUAGUACGACCAUGUCGAGAUCGAGAACGUUCUACACCAACGGCGAGAUAAAAUCGAAUGGCCAGAAGAAAAGUUUUGAGUACAACAAAGGGUAUAAGAAUAAUUUUCAACAGUUGAAAAACACGCAAUACAAAGAUAUUCAGGGUCCGAAAGUGCAAUUUAAGGAGCCCAGAAAGAAGCCAAAACCCACGUCCAAUGAUGAAUCAAAUAAACACGUGAUAGAUUCAAAAAAUGACUUUAGUUUGAGACGGUCAAAAAGUUAUAAUGGCCCGGACAGUAAACAUUAUCAAAAUACUUCCGAAGAAACACAUUUGUCGUGGAAACAUCAAUCGAAUGAGUUUUGUGUUAAAAACUUAAAUUGUUUUCCUGAAGAUAUUAACGACAUGGCUAAACGUAUAGUUAAAGAUACGAAAAACUCGCCGACUAAAGAUUUAAUGCUUUUGGCGUUGAAAAUAAUUGAACAUGCGGUUAGCAAACAAGCCGCUUUGAACCCUUCGGUUAACCUGUCACUAUAUAUCAUCGAGAGAGACACAAGAGACACCUACGUGAACAUGGUAAUUAAUACCAUACAACUGUGGUUCGUGAAACGAGAUAAACUCUUGCAACCACCCAGAUUCUUUUUGUACGCAACGUUCGUGUUACAGAUGUACAAAGGGAUCGAAUGUCUGUUCGACAUCGUAGACGCCGUUGGACGAGAUCUGGAACAGGAGGUGCCGGACUCAUUAAAACAAUUGUACGUGACCAUUCGAGACGUGAUGUUGACACGCGACUGUACGUCGUCCGUGAAAAAGAUCCUUUUGCACCUGAUCGAACUGAGAGCGUCUAAAUGGGCAUUGCCGUCGUGCACGAUAAGUUACUACAACUCGAAACAAAAUGUUUAGUGUUUUUAUAAUUAUAUUUAAGACAGUACUGUAAUCAUGAUGAUAUUUUUAUUACGGGGACGAUUGUAAUAACUCCUCCAGACCUUAUAUGAUAAAAAGAUCUAAAUUUUUCUGAAAAAA